UCUCUACUAACACUCAAAUCACUAACAAGACUGGGAAACCAACGAUCACCUUCAUCAGUAGCACUAUUUCUAAUAGUAUUAUAAGUUCAAUAUACAUCUUUUUCAGUAGACCACGAGGCGCAAGAGUGGGUGCGGGUGGUCUCUGCGUCUCACAGGUUAUUGAAAAUAGACUUUUAUGUUAGGUUUACUAACAAUGUAGUAAUUAUUACCUUAGUAAUACCGUAAGGUACCGUAAUUCAGCGCAUCGCCUAAAUCUGCGUAUUUGGUUCGAUAUUUGUCGAAAUUUAAGAAAAAUUUUGAAAUUUGCCCAUACUGCUAUUUGUAUAUGAUGGUAAUGCAUCAAAAUUCCAAUUCAAAUUUUCAUUAAUAAUAAUAAUAAUACGAAUUUUGAGAAAUAUUCCAAAAUGUGAAUUACGACAUUCUACGGUAUUGCGUUAUCUAGUAAGGUAGGUUGUAGCUGUAUUAUUAGAGAUAGUUUAGAAGUGUUAUUGAUAUAUGUAUAAUAUUUAGAAAAUUGAUGACGCUGUUGUUACUGAAAUGUUUAAUUUUUUACUGUCUUUUAUAAUAUGAUAUAAUAUUGUUGAACAAAAUGCUGUAAUUUAUAACUUAUUUAAUUCUCUAAACAUUUUUGCACUACUUUGCAUUUAUCACACCAACACUGGCGACAUUAGCGUUCUUUUGGUAGUCUGUUAUGUAGUAGUAACCUCUAUCGUUUUUAUUCUAACGAUCAUAACAUAAUUAUCGUGAGCGUAGUAGUGAAAAUAACAUAGAAGUAGCUUUUGGAUUUGUAGUUAAGGUAUUAUGGUAUUAGUUGAAAUGUGACACUUUGUUAGUGUCUAUGAAUAUACCGCUUUGAUGAUAUCACAUAUAUUUUCUAAUUCUCUAUUUCUCGGUACACCGGCCACGGGAACGUCUCUCGGAUUCAACGGACCAGCGAUGGACCGCAUCUCAAGCUAAGUAGAAAAAUUAUACUGCAUACUAUUUUUGUUUAAACUGAAACAACAACUUAACUUUUCGAUCCCUACAUAUUCACCCGCCUGAUAAUACAGCCUUUCCAAUCUGGAAACUAACUUGAGACAUUAUUCAAUUGAAUUCUCAUUUUGAGAAGACCUCAGAACAAUAGCAACGAACAUAAAACACAUAGCAGACCAUACCGAACACAUUUACAGUACAUUUCGAUUUGAUACUUCUUCUCAUAAUUAUCUAUAACUUGGAAUCGGUACUACAAGUUAUCAACAUAGAUAGUCAUCUCUCCUAGAAAUAGUAAUGGUUAGCAUUCCAGCGCGACCUUUGGAACAUAAGACUUUUUAACUUGACUCAUAUUUUGGGAUAGAUCAGAACAAUAGAUUGGAAUAUAUUGGAACACAUCAUUGACAUUGUUUCAGACUAGUAGCAUAAACGACUAAAAUACAAGAGAAUACAUGACAUACAAGACCUGAAAAAUGACGAGACACUUCAGAUAGUUCUUGUUCGCGUAUAGAUGGAAGCACAUUUCAUGUUUUUCACUUCUAUAACGUUCUUUCGGGAAAACGGAUCUUCCGUUAAAUCGCUAUCAUUUUUAAAUUCGACCGCAAUCUAUAUAAUUAACAUUCUCUGUAUAUCAUUGUCAAAAGAUGCUUGGAGAUGACAUUUGGGCUACAAUUUGUCAACAUAGACUACAACAUGGGCCUAUUCACAUGACGUUCCAAAACAGCUGAUCGGGAAGCUCUUUGACAGUUCUUUUAUGAAAAUGACAGCCUCGUGUAUGUACCGGUCCUCCACCGAUGUAAACAAAUGCAUAGACGGACCUGUCACAUGAACAUACCUAUAGCUCUGUAUGUUAUUUCCAAGAAGUGCAUUCAUUUACAACAUAUAUUUUCAUGUCGCUUCGCGUAAACAAGAAUCCGGAUUGCUCAGGACUAAAGGCUGACUAUACAAACACGACAACGGGAGGGAAACUGAAGCAAAAACAAUUUAAUAAAACUACUUCUGCACAAUAUUCAAACAAAAUAGUGUUAAAGCGGGCAACAUAGCCUAUUCCGUCUAAAUAUUGGCAAAAGUAGAGGUAAAAAUUUGCACUACGGGGUCCAGCACAGACAACGAAGCUGUCAUGCAGCUCCAGCUAAGUACACCAUAAAAAAAAAUAAAUAAAAUAAUUAUCGAUGGUCGAUUUAUGUUUCACAGAGGCCUAUAAAAAGCGCGUCACAACGAGAGCAGUGAGGGGGUCACACACGCGACGACAAUAUUUAAACUUGCACUUCAACGGCGCACUUUCUCCUACUUCAAUCGGAACGACUUUCAAGUUCGAUGAACCACAAAAAUGUCCAUGUAAGGAAACCCUUUACGACUGUAUAUACGCUUACACCCGUGGAACGGAAUAUUCCGGAGCAGGUCACUGAUUCCUCGGAGGCAUAAAGAAAAUACUGCACUGGAGUUUUCGGUCGGGUGCACUUUGCCGCAUUUGAACAUUCAACCGGAUGGGUCAGAGGAGCGAUAAUAACUAAUUGGUUCUGAUUUCCAUGUGAUAAACUGAUGAUAGUUAUGGUAGGUUGAGUGGUUGGUAUUCUUAGAGAACAGGAGAGUGUAUCUCUAAGUAAGCAUGACUAAUGUCCCUGAUGUCUGAUACAGAGCGGAGUGUAGUGUUACUAUGUUCGGAGUUAGUCGUGCAGUAAUAUUUCGUUUUAUUGCGGUGGAUUUCAUACCCACAUUCUCAUCAGUUUUUUUUUCUAGCACACAAAAACACGUCGGGGCUUUCUGCGAAUGAAAUAUUAAUAGAAUUAUGUAAAUCUGUUAAAUCGUUCUCAAGCAAAAUCGAGACAUACGAAUACGGGUCAAUCUACGGGUCUUAGUUUCGUAGUUCUAUGUAUAUAUAGAAUUUAUGGGAGUUCUCGAGACCGUCCUACACGGAGGGAGAACUGUAGUUGCAUAACUUUACCAAAGACAUAUGGAUGAUUGGCAAUUGGCUUGCUCGAAUUGUACCUAAAGCAAUAUCAAUUUGCGUUCGCAAAUCGUUGCAAAUAUUGCACAACUUGCGUGAGCAGAAGAAGUGCUUUGGUCAUAAUUGAUAGCAUCGAAGACAUCGAUAUAAAGGAGACUCCGGUCCACUGAUUCCCAAACAGUGCUGCAAGGCUGGGUGUAAAGAUGUUAGCCUCGGUUCAGUCUAACACUGCAUUGGUGACCUUUUUGCGACACAUAAUUUCAUUGUAUUUCCUGAAUAGAAAUUAUUGCACCGUUGUCUACUAUGACCGAAAUAUGGUCAAUUCUCAGCAAGAUUGUAACAACUAUUGCAAGUUUCUCUUAGAUAUUGAGCUGGCGUUAGUACACCUCGAUGAAAAGCAUGCGGUUAUGUGGAUCACGUCUGCCCAAGCUGCCGAUGGUAUCCUGGAAAGUGCAAUCGAACAGGGAUGUCAAUCCUACAUAGUUGCAACCACUGAUGUGAUGAUGUUUUUUGAAACAAAAUUAAUGUUGAAAGAAACGACGCUUCAGCGCAUUCGAGAUAAAAAUUUCCUAUUGUUCGUCGAUGGUGAUUUUGUUAAUGAUGAUGGAUUGACUAUAAAAGAAGCAAUGAAAUAUUAUCCCAACUUGUGGUUUCUAAUGCAGUCAGGAUACGAAAAUUUGGAUUUCUACACACACGACUAUUCAAUUACGAAUACGACGAAAUUGCAGCUGGUACAAAGUUACAACCUUACUGAUCCAUAUGAUGAGGUCACGAACGGUGCUAUAUUCUACGACAAGUUGGUUGAUUUGCGUGGUAGAUCGAUUCCAAUGGCAGUUGUAGAGUACCUACCAUAUUGCAUAACGACCAACGUGGGCGCCAAUAAUGGCAAUGCGGAUGCAUACAACACCACUGCACCCAAGGAGUUAUUCCUGGAAGGACUCGAAGGCAGUUUAGCAGUGGAAUUUUGUAGGAUUCACAACUGUAACAUUCUCCUGUGGCCACAUGGGCCAAGCGAUUGGGGAGACAUUUUCUCGAAUGGGUCUGGUUAUGGUGAACUUUAUACAAUAUACACCAAAGAAACUGACCUAGCAUUUUGUUGCUUGUAUUACAAUUGGUACCAUCAUCUACUCGACGGAAGCCAUUAUAUGGCCAAAUCAACGAUGUUCAUCUUGGUACCAGGUGCUAAGCUAUUGCCAACAUCGCUAACGGUUAUAUAUCCCUUUUCAAGCACUGUUUGGCUUUCAAUUUUUAUAAUGAUGGUACUGAUGACUGGAGUUCACCAUUUUAUUACCACCAUUAAUUUGACGCACCUCGGUCGCGAUGAGCAGCCGCCACCCGCAUUGAAAUCAAUAUUCGACAUGAUAUCUAUUUAUUUGGAUCAAGGAAUUUUCCUUAACACUUUUCACUCAUCGUAUCGCGUUCUGAUCUGCUUCAUCCUUCUUUCGGGAGUUGUUAUCAGCAAUUCGUAUGCAAGUGGCUUAGCUAGCGUACUCACGAUUCCUAGGUAUGGGAAAUCGCUGGAGACGAUACAUGAUUUCACACAAACGCCUUAUCGAUGGGCAGCUCCUGCCGAUGCUUGGAUUUUUGCACUGCUUGGCGCUGAAAAUCGAGACAUCCAAAUUGUCGUUGACAGAUUUGACGCCGUUCCGGAUGAGGACGAACUCCAUCGGCGAUCGCUGGCUGGUGACUAUGGGAUUGGGAUUGAACUACUGAACGGUGGCAGUUAUACUUUUGGAUCUUAUGUCAGCGAAGACAACGUUCGAUCGUUUGAUAUUUUGAAGGAGGUUCUGUACUUCGCAUACACCACUGUAUAUGCCCAACGAGGAUGGCCAAUGAUGGAGUAUUUCAACAAGUUUCUGCUGGAAGCGAUACAGUUCGGAUUUAUCAUCUACUGGGAAAAGCGAACGAUUCGGAAAUAUCUGAGUCACCGAGUUCAGGAAGCUCUGGUGGAAAUAUCUGUCGGACACAAUGAGGAUGAGGAAUUGUCUCCUCUCACAACCCAGCACAUCCUGGGACCGAUGAUUAUUUUGGGGAUAGGGCUUUUCUGUUCGUUGAUUAUGUUCUUAUGUGAACUUGUCAUGUUUUCGCUUAGUCGCUUUUAUCAAAAAGUGGUUGGGAAAAAGUUAAAAACGACAUUAACGGACAUUCAAAAGUGAAAUGUCUGAAAAUCUGUCCUCACAGAUUCUGAACUUAACCUUCGGGCUGUCGCGCUGUUGUACUUUGUACAACAGUUGUGAUUUAUAUGCUAUCAUUUUGCAAUAAAGAUAUCUAUCGACACCAAACCAAAAUGUAUUC